AUGGUUCUGCUUGCAAGGCUAGCGAUCAUCGUCCCUCUGGUCCUGAGCACAAUAGGAUUAAUCCUUGCGGCUCUUUCACUAUCUGCCGGCCACAAAAAAGGCUUCAUGGAGGAGUACGCACUUGCAAGGGUCAAUGUUUCACGAAUUGGCUACGAUAUUAUUAAGGCCAGCGACACUAAUAAGAUUCACGACAGUGGUGGGUUUCUUGAUAUCAUUAAAGAUCUAUGGGACGAUACGAAGCAUGCGAUUAUUGAUAAACUCAAUGACCUAAUUGGCGGCACCGUCGACGAAUUAGCUGACAAACUCGGCAUCUCGAAUUGGUACUCAGUUCAUGUGAUGAAUGGGUGUCAAGGCAGCUUCCAGCCGAAUGGGACAGUCAAGUCGGCGUCACUCCAAACGACAAAUUGCUCUGAUUCUAAGGCCGGUCUAGGGCCCUUCGAUAUCAAGCUGCCUGACUUGGGAUGGACUGAUGACAUCCAAGCAAACCUUAAUAGUCUAAAUGAGGCCCUGCUAGGCUUUUUCGUCCUUUACGUGCUAGGGAUAACCCUUUGCGGUAUCAGCAUUCUCACUUGUUUGGCCGCCUUUAUCAAGCCUCAACACAAGAAGGUUGUCUUAUCAGCAGUAUUUACCAACCUCAUCGCUGCCAGUGUCCUAGUUGCUGCAAGCAUAAUUGCUACGGUGAUGACUACGAAGGGCAUCGAGAGGAUGAAUCGCCUCACUAGGCAUAUUGGUGUUGAAAUCCAGGGCGGCUACAAGUUCCUCGGUCUGACGUGGACCAGUGCAGUGGCUAUAUUACUAGCUUUUAUGUUCUGGGGCAUCAAAUACCUCCUCAUCAGGAAGGGGAGGGAUAGCCCCGUGGCGAGUGCCAAGGUUUGA